GUGAAAAAGAUACAAAAAAAAAUGAAUCCAUGAAUAAACUACUAGUACCUGUACUUAUAAAUUGUCUUGCUUUAGAUUAGAUAUUAUAUACAAAACUGAGCCAACACAAGCUUUCUAGUUAGCUCAAUAGUGAAAACAAAUGGGUACUGAAUAUGAAUCUUUGCACAUAUUUUUCUUUCCUUUUCUUGCUCAUGGCCAUAUCAUACCAGCAGUUGACAUGGCCAAAUCAUUUGCAGCAAAAGGUGUCAAAGCCACAAUUAUUACCACACCUCUCAAUCAACCUUUUAUCUCCAAAUCUAUAGAAAAAUCCAUACUUAGUGGCCACAAUAUUCAUAUUCAAAUCAUACAAUUUCCUUCCUCAAAAGCUGGUUUACCAAAUGGUUGUGAAAAUAUUGACUCAAUCCCUUCACAUGAAUAUUUUUUUGAGUUCUGGAAAGCCACAAAAUUGUUGUUACAAGAGCCAUUUGAGAAACUAUUACUUGAACAAAUUCCAGAUUGUGUAGUUGCUGAUGUGUUUUUUCCAUGGACAACUGAUUCUGCUGCUAAAUUUCAAAUUCCUAGACUUGUUUUUCAUGGUACUUGUUUUUUCUCAUUAUGUGCUACUGAGUGUAUAAGACUCUAUGAACCUUUCAAGAAUGUUUCUUCUGAUAACGAACCGUUUGUUAUUUCUAAUCUUCCUGGUGAGAUUAAAAUCACGAGGUCGCAGAUACCGCCUUUUGAGAGUUUGAAGGAAAUUGAAGGAAUGGGAGGGGUAAUCCAUGAAAUGAAAGAAUCAGAACUUAAUAGCUUUGGAGUGGUUGUUAAUAGCUUUUAUGAACUUGAAAGUGUUUAUGCAGAUUAUUUUAUUAAGUCACUUGGAAGAAAAGCAUGGCAUAUUGGUCCUUUAUCUCUUUGCAAUACUGAUUCAGAAGAAAAAGCGAACCGAGGAAGAGAUUCUUCUAUUGAUCAACAAGUGUGUUUAAAAUGGCUUGACAUGAAGAAACCCAAUUCAGUUGUUUACAUAUGUUUUGGAAGUAUGGCAAACUUUUCUAACUCUCAACUUCAAGAAAUUGCUAUAGGACUUGAGGCAUCAGGACAGAUUUUCAUCUGGGUGGUGCCGAAAAUCGAUGAAGAUUGGGUAGAAGAAUUUGAGAAAAGAAUGGAAGGAAAAGGAUUGAUUAUUAGAGGUUGGGCACCUCAAGUGUUGAUUCUUGAACAUGAAGCAAUUGGGGCAUUUGUGACUCAUUGCGGAUGGAAUUCGGUAUUAGAAGGAGUAACUGCAGGGGUGCCUAUGGUUACUUGGCCUAUUGCUGCUGAGCAAUUUUACAAUGAGAAGUUGGUGAAUGAGGUACUUCAAAUUGGUGUACCUAUUGGUGUUAAAAAAUGGAAUAGAUUAGAGGGGGGUUUUGUUCAAUGUGAUGUAGUGGAGAAGGUUGUGAAAAGGAUUAUGGAAGGAGAAGAAGCAUUGGAAAUGAGGAACAAGGUGAAAGUGUUAUCAAAGUUAGCUAUGAAUGCAGUGAAAAAAGAAGGAUCAUCUUGGUUAGAUUUGAAUGCUUUAAUUCAAGAGUUGAGUUUGCUUAGGCAUUGAUAUAGCACAUAACAAUGUUAUUGAUCUGAUGAAGACUUGGACGUCAACGUUGCAAAUCCGGGAUUAUGAAUAUUUCCGUUACUUUUAAUCUAGGUGCUGCAAUAUUGUUUGUAGAUUCAUCUUUUUAAUUUUUAACAAUGUAAUAAUCUAUGUAAUUUUUAAUUUAAUUUAAAUGAAUCAAUAUUUUUUAGUAAAAAA